UCUGGUACUUGGCAUUGUGGGAAACAAACAGAGCGGUGGCUGGUGUAUGAACAGCGUCCAACGUCAACACCACUUACUAUUGUGGGCUAAACAAGUAAUACGACGCAGCUGUCUGGCAGACGGACUCAGACGCCACGGUUAUCACUAUGCACCGGGAAGAGAAGGUCCAUGUUCGGUGAAUCUGCCCGUUGGGACGGGUUUCCAGGACUUUACAGACAGCAGCUAGCCGAGUCGGUCUCACUGGACUAGCAACUCGCUGCAAGGUUUUACGAGAAAUAGGACAGAGGAGUCGCAAAAGUUGGAUUUAUCUUUGGACCGUUUCGUACGGAUAUGAAUAGUAGGCUUGAUCUGACGUUUUGAGCAGUACCGUGACUUUGUGGUCAGUUUGUUGUUGUCGUGCCUCGGCUCGCCAGAUUAACAUCGACCGAUGCUUUUCAACGCAGUGAUUGUGUGACGAAAACUGCUGGGAGUCAUUUACAUUCGCCUCCGAUUCGAGACGAUGUGAAAACGAUUUUUUCUUUAAAUCAUUGGACUGGCAUGUCUCCCAAUUCGGUGUACCCAAGAUCAACAACUGCCACACUGGACGAUAAUUCGUAUGAUGGCAACCCGGAUUGGAAGAAAUUUCCGUUUGAAGCCUAUGUAAACAGUUAUCCUCUAUGCUGAAAAAUAGAAACGUGUCCCCAACACAGAAACCAUCGGUAACCUUUCUCACUGUCAGCACAUCACCCGAAUUAUCUUUCUCAGUUGUCAUUAUUUAUGUUCAAGCGUUAUCAUUUCUACAAGGGGGGGAAACGGGAUAAUUCAAGUAUACAACGCUCCAUCUUAAAUCCGGGCACAACCAGUCAGAGCGACUGUAUAUCUUCCUGAGACUCAGUGGUAGGGCCACCAUGUGGGGCGCAGGGUCGCCACCAUCCCUGCAGGUCGUCCUAAAGGUCCUUAAACACGCCGCGGUCAAAGGACAGAUCCAGAUGAACCGCUGGCUCCAGAGAUCCUCCCCGGACGAGUGCGAUAAAAUUGACAUCUUGAUAUGCAACGCGUUUGACGAGAGAGGAGGAGCCGUCGGUAAAUCUGACGGAGACCCCGAGAGCAUCGUUGACGCUGGCGUGUCAUUCACCGGUAGCGUCACCAACGGUGAUUUCAGACACCCGUGUUGUAUUACCACGUGUUGUUUCAAGAGUGCCCUCUUGGCGUGCAUUCUGACAGCGGUGUGCUUCUCCUCCGUGGCUCUCGUCCGACAGUACCUCAAGGACCUUCUCCUCUGGGUGGAGAGCUUGGACAGCCUGGUUGGAGUCCUGCUGUUCGUAGUCGGUCUGAUCAUUGUCUCCUUCCCAUUCGGCUGGGGCUACAUCGUCCUGAACGUGGCUGCGGGAUACCUCUACGGCUUCGUGCUGGGUAUGGGACUGGUGAUGGUGGGGGUGCUCAUCGGUACCUUCGUGGCUCACCUGGUGUGUAAGAGACUGUUGACAGACUGGGUGGUCAACAAGGUGGGGAACUCUGAACAGCUCAGUGCUGUGAUACGGGUGGUGGAGGGGGGGAGCGGACUCAAAGUUGUGGCCUUAGCGAGACUCACGCCCAUUCCGUUUGGACUCCAGAAUGCCGUUUUCUCAAUCACAGACGUGUCGUUGCCAAACUACCUGGUGGCGUCGUCAGUCGGCCUGCUGCCCACACAGCUCCUAAACUCCUACCUGGGCACCACGCUGCGCACCAUGGAGGACGUUAUCGCAGAACAGAGCGUCAGCGGAUACCUUGUCUUCAGUCUACAGAUCAUCAUUAGUAUAGGCCUGAUGUUCUACGUGGUCCAUCGGGCCCAGGUGGAGCUGAAUGCGGCCAUCGCUGCCUGUCAGAUGGAGCUGAAGACAUCACGCAUGAACGGCGCUUCCACCAAUCACAGCGGCUACUGCAGCAAGAGGGCGUCGGCCGGGGGUGGGAUCAUCAACGUGGUCUGAUAAAUGUCUCAAAAAACCCGAUUGGAGACGAGCGACUGGGAUCGAACUGAACACUGAUUGGCCAGUGUAGCAGUUGUGAUAUCUGAUUAGGAGUGCCUUCCACGGUGAGGAGUACCUGCCAAAUAGGGAUGCUGAUUGUGUGGAUCUAUAGGGCUUGUAGGUGCAGCUGAGGGGGUGCCAGGUGUUUAGUAGUCAGGUACGGUGGUGUUGUCGUCACGGACUUCGAACACACCGACAGCUUCAUUGCAUUUUGGUACACCGGAAUUACAUUAAUUUCCAAUGAAACGCUGCGUUUGCUUUUCUGCAUUGUUGCAGAGGCAGUUGCAUUUCGUUCUGUGUGGUGCGUAGGUUGGAUUUAUCGAAGGUACGAGUCAAACUGUAUGAGUAGACGGCUUGACAGAAAUGGUAGCAGAAGGUGAAUGUUGAACUGUUGUUACAUGCAUAUUCAGAUGAGGCUGUCGGUGUGUUGGAGGAGUUAACCUGAGCUCUCUAUACAACACAGCUCACCAUUCAGGUCUCAACGAGGCUGUCGGUGUCUUGGAGUUAACCUGAGCUCUCUAUACAACACAGCUCACCAUUCAGAUCUCCAAGACCAUUGGCUUCUUUUCUACAGUGUUGGACCAGGGGCCAUUGGCUUCUCUUCUACAGUGUGGGGCCAUUGGCUUCUCUUCUACAGUGUGGGACCAGGGGCCAUUGGCUUCUCUUCUGCAGUGUUGGACCAGGGGCCAUUGGCUUCUCUUCUACAGUGUGGGACCAGGGGCUAUUGGCUUCUCUUCUACAGUGUGGGACCAGGGGCCAUUGGCUUCUCUUCUACAGUGUGGGACCAGGGGCCAUUGGCUUCUCUUCUACAGUGUGGGACCAGGGGCCAUUGGCUUCUCUUCUACAGUGUGGGACCAGGGGCCAUUGGCUUCUCUUCUACAGUGUGGGACCAGGGGCCAUUGGCUUCUCUUCUACAGUGUGGGACCAGGGGCCAUUGGCUUCUCUUCUACAGUGUGGGACCAGGGGCCAUUGGCUUCUCUUCUACAGUGUGGGACCAGGGGCCAUUGGCUUCUCUUCUACAGUGUGGGACCAGGGGCCAUUGGCUUCUCUUCUACAGUGUGGGACCAGGGGCCAUUGGCUUCUCUUCUACAGUGUGGGACCAGGGGCCAUUGGCUUCUCUUCUACAGUGUGGGACCAGGGGCCAUUGGCUUCUCUUCUACAGUGUGGGACCAGGGGCCAUUGGCUUCUCUUCUACAGUGUGGGACCAGGGGCCAUUGGCUUCUCUUCUACAGCGUGGGACCAGGGGCCAUUGGCUUCUCUUCUACAGUGUGGGACCAGAGGCCAUUGGCUUCUCUUCUACAGUGUGGGACCAGGGGCCAUUGGCUUCUCUUCUACAGUGUGGGACCAGGGGCCAUUGGCUUCUCUUCUACAGCGUGGGACCAGGGGCCAUUGGCUUCUCUUCUACAGUGUGGGACCAGGGGCUAUGCUAUAUGUUGAACUCAUUUAUAAUGAUGAAAUAAAUAAAUGGUACAGCACACUGA